AUCUCACUGUUAGUGAUGCAGGUCAGAGGGUCUGACAUCUCACUGUUAGUGAGGCAGGUCAGAGGGUCUGACAUCUCACUGUUAGUGAUGCAGGUCGAAGGGGCAGACAUCUCACUGUUAGUGAUGCAGGUCGGGGUCGGAGGGGCUGACAACUCACUGUUAGUGAUGCAGGUCGAACGGGCUGACAUCUCACUGUUAGUGAUGCAGGUCGGAGGGGUUGACAUGCCAUUGUUAGUUUUUCAGGUACGAGUGGCUGACAUCUCACUGUUAGUGAUGCAGGUCGGAGGGGCUGACAUCUCACUGUUAGUAAUGCAGGUCGGAGGGGUUGACAUCCCAUUGUUAGUUUUUCAGGUACGAGUGGCUGACAUCUCACUGUUAGUGAUGCAGGUCGGAGGGGCUGACAUCUCACUGUUAGUGAUGCAGGUCGGAGGGGCAGACAUUUCACUGUUAGUGAUACAGGUCGGAGGGGUUGACAUCUCACUGUUAGUGAUGAAGGUCGGAGGAGUUGACAUCUCAUUGUUAGUGAUGCAGGUCGGAGGGGCAGACAUUUCACUGUUAGUAAUUUAG